CCAAUGAGCUUCAAGCAUGCAUGAACCCAGCAACCAAUGGGCAGCAUUCAUUGAAGUAUAUAAACCAAGGUCUGACAUUUUGCAAAGCUGGGCAACCCCUACAUUGGCUUUGGUGAACAGGAUCUGAUCCCAAGGACUGUUACCUUUUCUCCUGUGCAGAUUAACAGAAAAGUGCAACCAUGACUAAGAACUGCAACAACGAUUACAAGAUGAAGUUCUCCUUGGAGGAGGAGUUCCCUGACCUUUCUCAGCACAACAACCACAUGGCCAAGGUGCUGACUAAGGACAUCUACAACAAACUCAGGAGCAAGUCUACUCCCAGUGGAUUCACCUUGGAUGACUGCAUUCAGACCGGUGUGGACAACCCCGGCCACCCCUUCAUCAUGACUGUCGGCUGUGUGGCUGGCGAUGAGGAGUCCUACGAGUACUUCAAGGAGCUGUUCGACCCCAUCAUUUCCGACCGUCACGGUGGCUACAAGCCCACUGACAAGCACCAUACCGAUCUGAACUGGGAGAACCUGAAGGGUGGUGAUGACCUUGACCCCAACUACGUUCUGAGCAGCCGCGUGCGUACCGGCCGUAGCAUCAAGGGAAUCACACUGCCACCACACAACAGCCGUGGUGAGCGCAGAGCUGUUGAGAAACUCUCCAUUGAGGCUCUGAACAGCCUGGAUGGUGAGUUCAAGGGCAAAUACUACCCUCUGAAGGACAUGACUGAUAAGGAACAGGAGCAGCUUAUUGCUGACCACUUCCUCUUUGACAAGCCCGUAUCCCCACUGCUGCUGGCUGCCGGCAUGGCCCGUGACUGGCCUGACGCAAGAGGCAUCUGGCACAAUGACAACAAGACCUUCCUUGUGUGGGUGAACGAGGAGGAUCACCUGCGUGUCAUUUCCAUGCAGCAGGGCGGCAACAUGAAGGAGGUCUUCAAGAGGUUCUGUGUUGGUCUGCAGAAGAUUGAGGAGGUCUUCAAGAAGCACAACCACGGUUUCAUGUGGAACGAGCAUCUUGGUUUCAUCCUCACCUGCCCCUCUAACUUGGGUACCGGCCUGCGCGGUGGCGUGCACGUCAAGCUGCCCAAACUCAGCACACAUGCCAAAUUCGACGAGAUCCUGACCAGACUGCGUCUACAGAAGCGUGGCACAGGUGGUGUGGACACCGCUUCCGUCGGAGGCGUGUUCGACAUCUCCAACGCUGAUCGUCUGGGCUCCUCUGAGGUUCAGCAGGUGCAGUUGGUGGUUGAUGGUGUGAAGCUCAUGGUUGAAAUGGAAAAGAAACUGGAGAAGGGAGAGUCCAUCGACGGCAUGAUCCCUGCCCAGAAGUAAAAUGGGAAACAUGGUUGUUUUUUUACUUAUUCUUUUACGCCAUCUGCCAAGCACAUUCGCUUGAUUUUUCCAAGAGACACUACACCUUGCUCCCGUUUUCCUACUUCCUUUCUUUCCUGUCGUCUUCUUUUUUUCUUCCUAUACUUCCUGUUAUCUUUCUGUUCCUUCUGUAACAUCCUGGGAUCAAAUGUCCACAUAGCUAGCAAAGCCUAGCUAUGUUGUAUUCACCUAAAUAUUUUUGGUUGUACAAAGUUAAUAAACGGCCCCAUGUAACAAUCA